GGAAGACUUUCUUUUAGUGUCAAGAAACCACCGCUGCCAUGUCUGAAGGAGGACAGAAAAAAGCUAAAAUCCCUGCAUCUCGGAGGCUGUUCUUAAAGACAAAAAUGCUUGAGAAAGCCAUAACAAUGAUAGAUAAAGAAAAAAAAGACAGGGAAACAGAACGGGAAAGGAUUCUUGCUGAACGUGUUCCUCCUCUUACGUUGUCGGGGUUGUCUGUUCAGGAACUACAGGACCUGUGUAAACAGCUGCACCAGAAGAUUGAUGGUAUAGAUGAAGAGCGUUAUGAUAUUGAAGUUAAAGUGGCCAAAAAUGACAAGGAGAUUGAAGGCCUCUCUCAGAAAAUACUAGACCUGAAGGGUAAAUUCAAACGCCCCAACCUGCGCAGAGUGCGGAUAUCAGCUGAUGCUAUGCUAGGGGCUCUCCUUGGGUCCAAACACAAGGGUUCAAUGGAUCUCAGAGCCAACCUAAAAUCAGUGAAAAAGGAAGAAGAAACUAAGGAUAAGGAAGUGACCGACUGGCGUAAGAAUGUGGAAGCUAUGUCUGGAAUGGAGGGAAGAAAAAAGCUGUUUGAUGCUGUUUGAUGCUCAGUAAAUGAUACAAGGUGCAACUGUUUAUUUUGGAGUGUUGACACAGAAGAAAAGUCUUCUUUGCUGAAAAAACAAAUACCCCUGUGAGAAUAUGAAUGCAGCAAUGUACUGUAUAUCAAAGAAAUUAUUGUGGAUCUGUUCCCUGGCUAUUCUGUUUGCUCCUGUCUGCUCCAGAUUGCAAAAUUUAAGAUUGUAAUUUAAGAAAUCUCAAUUUAAAACAAAGGGAAGGGUCUCUAGUUAUUCUCCAGAUGACCAUAUAUACUUGUUAAAAGGCCUUAGGAGUUGUAACCAGCUUCAAAUUGGUUUCAAAUUGUAUCUUGAGAUUUGUAAAAGCUAGGCUAUUUCUUAAUGUGGGACCUUGUGCACAUGAAGAAGAACAUAAAGGAGAUGUAAAGAUUCCUAGCCUUAAAUUGUAAAUCUUUAUUAUAUUACACAAAACCUUUAUUAUAUUGUUACAAAUCAGAACAUAAUAACAUUUUAAUCAAUAUAUUCAUAUAUUUAAUGAUUUUGAUCAUAGUUUUAAUGAUUUAACAGUGACUUACAGUGGUUUAACUUGAGUUAAUUAUUAGAACUCUUCCUUUUAUAAUCUGUCUUGGCAUAAACAGCAGAGCAAAUAAGGCAAAAUAAUAACUAUUGUCCCAAACCUUCAGAAUAAGGCAACUUUGCUGAGAACUACAGUACAUGGAUUGCUAACAUUUCUGAAACUUAGCUACCCAACCCAUCCCUCCUUCCACUCCAAUAAAAAUAAUAUUGAUAUUAAUGCACUAUUAAUUAAUAUAAAUUUUAUGUAUGCACUUUUUCCUAAAGUACAAGAGAUAUUUAAUUCUAAUUAAGUUACAAUGAUCUACAAAACUAAUGCAGUCUUUGUACUUCUUGUAGACGUUCUGCAUCUAGCUUUAAAGACUAGGCAGGAAACUGAAUUAUGUUAAUUGUCUCAGAUUUCGCUUAAUAAAAACGGUGAUCCAAAUCCA